UUUCGUCGUUGUCCUUCACGUCUACGCUGCUCUCCAAGUCUCGAUCCGCUGCCCUCUCUCUCUCUGAGUCAAGUACACGAAGAAACAAAGAGGGGGUUUGGGAUCGGUUGGUGUUUCUUUCAUUUGUGAGGUUUUGGAUGCGUUUGGAUUGGAGGAAAAAUGACUUCGCUGAGCAGAGAACUGGUUUUUCUGAUACUUCAGUUUCUUGAUGAAGAGAAAUUCAAGGAGACAGUUCACAAGUUGGAGAAAGAGUCGGGGUUUUUCUUCAAUAUGAGGCAUUUUGAGGAUUGUGUCACGAAUGGUGAAUGGGAUGAGGUGGAGAAGUACCUCUCUGGGUUUACUAAGGUUGAUGAUAAUAGAUAUUCAAUGAAGAUUUUCUUUGAGAUUCGGAAGCAGAAAUACCUUGAAGCACUGGACAGGAAUGACCAUGCUAAAGCUGUUGAGAUUCUUGUAAAGGACCUGAAGGUGUUUUCUGCAUUCAAUGAAGAACUCUUCAAGGAAAUCACGCUGCUUCUAACCUUGGGAAACUUUAGGGAGAAUGAGCAACUGUCCAAGUAUGGGGAUACUAAGUCUGCGAGAGCUAUAAUGCUUAUUGAGCUUAAAAAGUUGAUUGAGGCAAAUCCACUUUUCCGGGAUAAGCUUCAAUUUCCUACCUUAAAGAACUCAAGGCUGAGGACAUUAAUCAAUCAGAGUUUAAAUUGGCAGCAUCAGCUUUGCAAGAGUCCAAGGCCAAACCCUGACAUAAAAACCCUUUUUGUAGACCACACUUGUGGAACAUCGAGUGGUGCCCAUGCUCAGUCCCCUGUAACUCAUCCUCUAAUGGGUUCCAUUCCUAAAGUUGGUGGCUUUCCUCCAUUAGGUGUUCAUGCUACUUUUCAGCCCGCCCAAGCAUCUCUUUCAACAUCUCUUGCGGGAUGGAUGGUUAACCCUUCUUCUGUGCCGCACCAAACAGUUCCUGUCGGGCCUAUUGGCCUUACUGUUUCUAGUAAUGCAGCUUCUAUGCUAAAGCGCCCUAGGAGUCCUACUAACAACCCGGCAAUGGAUUAUCAAACUGCAGAUUCUGAACAUGUGCUGAAUAGAUCAAGACCUUUUGGAUUAUCAGAUGCGGUUAAUAAUAUGCCGGUCAAUAUCUUGCCAGUGAUGUACGCUGGCCAGAGUCAUGCCCAUACUUUGCACUCUUCUGAUGACCUGCCAAAGACUGUUGUCGUGAACUUGAUUCAGGGUUCUGCUGUCAAGAGCAUGGAUUUUCAUCCAGUGCGACCAAUUUUGCUUCUUGUUGGAACGAAUAUUGGCGAUAUAACAAUCUGGGAAGUAGCUGGGAGGGAGAGACUUGUUUAUCGAAGCUUUAAGGUUUGGGACAUUGGAGCAUGUUCAAUGGCUUUGCAGGCGUUGUUGGCCAAUGGACAUACUGCAUGUGUAAAUCGAGUGAUCUGGAGUCCUGAUGGUGACCUUUUUGGCGUUGCAUAUUCAAAGCAUAUGGUGCAGAUAUAUUCCUAUCAUGGUGGUGAUGAUUUACGGAACCACCUGGAGAUUGAGGCUCAUGUUGGUAAUGUUAGUGAUCUUGCCUUUUCACAUCCAAACAAACAACUAUACAUUGUAACUUGCGGAGAGGACAAGACCAUUAAGGUAUGGGAUGCUAUCACUGGUAAUAAGCUGUACACUUUUGAGGGGCAUGAAGCACCAGUUUACUCUGUGUGCCCACAUCAAAAGGAAAACAUUCAGUUUAUCUUUUCAACGGCUAUCGAUGGGAGAAUUAAGGCUUGGUUAUAUGAUAACAUGGGUUCAAGAGUUGACUAUGAUGCUCCAGGUCAAUCUUGCACAACAAUGGCCUAUAGUGCUGACGGGACAAGGCUAUUCUCAUGUGGGACUAAUAAAGGAGGAGAAUCACACCUUGUCGAAUGGAAUGAAAGUGAGGGGGCUAUUAAGCGGGUAUAUAAUGGUCUUGGAAAGCAGUCUGUGGGGGUUGUGCAGUUUGACACAACGAAGAGCCGGUUUUUGGCCGCUGGUGAUGAUUUCCAAAUUAAAUUUUGGGACAUGGACAAUGUUAAAAUCUUGACAACUACUGAUGCAGAGGGUGGAUUACCGGCUUCUCCUUGCAUUCGAUUUAACAAGGAAGGGAUAUUGCUGGCUGUAUCAACAAGUGGGAAUGGUGUCAAAAUUCUUGCAAAUGCGGAUGGUGUACGGCUUUUUCGUUCUAUAGAAAGUCGUGCAGGUGAUUCAUCCAGAGUGCCUUCUGCGACUGUUGCAAAGGGACCCAGAGUUGGCAUGUUUGCUGGUUCUGGUUCAACUCAUGGAACAACCAUAGUUGAUGCAGAUAGGAGUGCUCCGAUGACAAUGAUGGCUGGACUGAAUGGAGAUAGCCGAAGUUUUCCUGAUGCAAAACCAAAUCAUACUGAUGAAUCGGAGAAAUUAAAGGGUUGGAAGCUGACUGAAAUCAAUGAAUCAUCUCAACUUCGUUCCCUGCGACUUCCUGACAGCCUGCUGCCAGUAAGGAUUAUUAGGUUGAUAUAUACAAAUUCAGGAGGCGCCAUUUUGGCAUUGGCAUUCAAUGCUGUACACAAACUAUGGAAAUGGCAGAUAAAUGAGCGGAAUCCUUCGGGGAAGGCAAGUUCAAGUGUGCCACCACAGUUGUGGCAACCUUCCAGUGGAAUAUUAAUGACCAACGAUAUAAGUGAGAUAAAUCUUGAAGAUGCUGUUCCAUGCUUUGCUCUUUCAAAGAAUGAUUCUUACGUUAUGUCAGCCUCUGGUGGAAAAAUUUCCCUUUUUAAUAUGAUGACAUUCAAGACGAUGACAACAUUCAUGGCCCCACCACCUGCAGCAACAUUUCUUGCCUUCCAUCCACAGGACAAUAACAUUAUUUUCAUAGGCAUGGAUGAUUCUUCUAUUCAAAUCUACAAUGUCAGGGUUGAUGGGGUCAAAAGCACGCUCAAGGGUCAUCAGAAGAGAGUAACUGGCAUAGCCUUCUCUAAAGUUCUAAAUGUUCUUGUAUCGUCAGGAGCUGACUCUCAGUUGUGUGUAUGGAGCAUGGAUGGAUGGGAGAAGCAGGCUAGUAAGUUCUUGCAGCUUCCCUCUGGGCGUGUAUCAUCUUCUCUUGCACAGACCCGUGUUCAAUUUCACCAAGAUCAGAUGCAUGUGUUGGUUGUCCAUGAAACUCAAAUAGCCAUAUAUGAGGCACCAAAGUUGGAGUGCCUUAAGCAGUGGUUUCCCCGGGAAGCAAGUGGUUCAGUCACGGAUGCUACAUUUUCAUGUGAUAGCCAGUCAAUUUAUGCAAGCAUGGAAGAUGGAAGUGUGUGUGUUCUUACUGCCACAACACUUCGACUUAGGUGUCGGAUUACUGCCUCUUCAUAUUUACCUUCUAAUCCCAGCACAAGGGUAUUUCCGGUUGUCAUUACGGCUCAUCCAUCUGAACCUAAUCAAUUUGCACUUGGACUUACUGAUGGUGGAGUACAUGUUAUGGAGCCGCCAGAAUCAGAGCGAAACUGGGGUGCCGCACCUCCACUUGAAAAUGGUGCUGGGCCGAGCAUCAACUCUGCUGCAGGUUCGGAUCAACAGGCAAGAAGGUCAGCAGCAAAAAAAAUGCUGCAACAAACGGGGGAGCUCAACACCACCACCAUCACCACCAAGCACAGCAGCAGCACUGAAAAGCAACCGCUGAGAGACAAGCAUGUGAGGGAUUUGAUGGUGAACAAGAGGAGACUGGUGGAGGUGCCUUACACGGCGUCGCUGGCUCAUAUGAUGAACACGCUGGUGGCUAACCGGGUUGUGGCCGCACCGGUGUCCGCACCGCCUGGGCACUGGAUUGGAGCUGGUGGGUCUAUGAUCAUGGAGUCUGACAAGCAGACGGGGGUUGCACGGAAACAUUAUAUAGGGAUGGUUACAAUGCUAGAUAUCCUGGCCCAUAUUACUGGAGAUGAUGAUAAGAUGGACGGCAGUGAUGGGUCUGAUCUUGAUCAGAAGAUGGCGGUCCCAGUCUCCUCGAUUAUAGGGCACUGCCUUGAGGGUCUCAGUCUAUGGACUCUAAACCCUAAUACCAGCAUGAUAGAUUGUAUGGAAGUGUUUAGCAAAGGGAUCCAUCGUGCUUUGGUGCCGGUAGACAGUCACAUGGAAAACAUGUCGGGAGUGGAGCUCGUAGACUCCGCGUCGAGCUAUCGAAUGCUUACACAAAUGGACAUGGUGAGGUUCUUGAAGGAGCAUGCUUCUGAGAUUGGAGACAUCAUAUCGCGUACAAUUAGUGAAUUGGGAGCAGUUACCGAGAAUGUCUUCGCCAUCACUCAUCGCACCAAAGUAAUUGAAGCAAUCAAGUGCAUGCGGGCUGCGAUGCUUAAUGCCGUUCCUAUCAUUAGAGUUGUCACAGAUGCUCCUGAACAAGAAUAUCACAAGCAGCUUAAUUGUAAAUCCAGGAAGCUAAUAGGUACAUUUUCAGCAACAGAUUUGAGGGGCUGCCACCUUGCCACACUGCAAUCAUGGCUGCCUUUGAGUGCACUGGACUUCACUGAGAGUGUCUCAAACAGUCCUUUAUAUGAAGCAUCAGAUUCACCGAGGGAGCUUGUGAGUUGCCUUCCUGAAUCAUCCCUUGCCGAGGUGAUAGACAAGGUUGUCACUAAACAUGUUCACCGAGUUUGGGUCGUGGACCGACACGGUUUACUUGUCGGGCUGGUUUCUGUCACGGACAUAAUUAGAGUGCUAAGGCUUUCGCUGCUAUCAGAACCCAGGUGAUGUGAAAGGCUUGUUUUCAAGUAGUGUGAAAAUUAAGCACUUGUAAAAUGCAGUUUUGUGUUA